CAGCUGCUGAAGAAUCGACCAUCAUGAAAUUGCUGAUUUUGUUAGCACUAGUGGGAGCUGCGGUUGCAGUACCCAGACUUGAUGGAAGGAUUGUUGGAGGCGAGGAGUGCGCCCCUCAUUCACAGCCCUGGAUGGUUUCACUCAACUAUGGCUAUCACUUCUGUGGAGGAGUGCUCAUCAAUGAGCAGUGGGUGCUCUCUGUUGCACAGUGCUGGUACAAUCCCUACUACAUGCAGAUCAUUCUGGGUGAUCAUGACAAUCGUGUCUUUGAGGGAACAGAACAGCUUCUGAAGACAGACAACAUUAUUUGGCACCCCAACUACGACUAUCAGACUUUGGACUAUGACAUCAUGCUGAUCAAGCUGUUCCAUCCAGUGAAGGUGACGGAUGCGGUCAAACCUAUCUCUCUGCCCACUGGAUGUCCUUAUGGAGGAAUGCCCUGUACCAUCUCUGGAUGGGGAUCAAUUCGUUCUGAGUCCUCCUUCAUGCCUUUCCGUCUGCAGUGUGCGGACAUUCCCAUUGUGGAUGAUCAGGAGUGUGAAAAGUCAUAUCCCGGCAUGUUGACACGUAGGAUGCUGUGUGCUGGAUUGCCAGAGGGAGGCAAGGACGCCUGUUAUGCUGAUGCAGGCAGUCCCUUAGUGUGCUAUGGGCAUGUCCAUGGUCUGGUGUCAUGGGGUCAGGGCUGUGGUCUUCCAGGUUAUCCUGGUGUCUAUGUCAAAGUGUGCGAGUACCUCUACUGGAUCAGAGAUGUCAUGGCAGCCAAUCCUUAGAUUGUAUAUCAAUAUUCCACUGCCCACUGUCUCAAAUGUCCUUCUUUUCCCCCCACACAUUCUCUAUUUUGUUAUAUACUUCUUACUCUUUGUGAUCAGUGCAUCAUGCUAUAUGAUUUCUACUGUGUUUGUGCUGUUUUGCUCACCAAAAAUACCUGGAUUUUGUAUUAACACUGCAAACGGUAUUAAAGAAUAAACUCCCAGCGUCACACCUC